UAGUACUAAAUCAAAAGUUGUUGAAUAUACAGAGGUAGCCCCAACCACCAGCCCGAAUGUUGUGAAGGGGAAAAAUCAAACGAUGCGAAAGGUGGAGGUAAUAGCUGGAACAUUGGGUUUAGUUACCUUUUUGGCUACGGCUGCUUAUUUUUUAUGGCGAAGGAAGAAAAACUCGGGUGAUAAAGUAGAGGAACAUGAACUUGCUUUGGAGCUUGAAAGCGAACUUGAAAUGGGGCCCUCUAUGCCCAGAAGAUUUUCUUACCAUGAGUUAGCUCAAUCAACAGCCAACUUUGCAGAGACAGAAAAGCUUGGCGAGGGUGGUUUUGGAGGAGUUUACAAAGGUUUUCUGAAAAAUUUAAGCUUGUACGUCGCAGUUAAAAAGGUGUCGAAGACUUCCAAACAAGGAAUCAAACAGUAUGCUUCAGAAGUAAGGAUUAUUAGCCGAUUGAGGCACAAAAAUUUGGUGCAACUCAUCGGCUGGUGCCAUGACAAAGGAGAACUCCUGCUUGUUUAUGAAUAUAUGGAAAACGGAAGCUUAGAUUCACAUUUAUUCAAAGGAAAGAGCUUGCUAGGAUGGAAUAGAAGGUAUAAAAUUGUCCAAGAUCUGGCUUCUGCUUUAUUAUAUUUACAUGAAGAGUGGGAGCAAUGUGUUCUGCAUAGAGAUAUCAAAUCGAGUAAUGUGAUGUUGGACUCAAAUUUCAAUGUGAAGCUUGGUGAUUUUGGGCUAGCAAAGUUAGUUGACCAUGAGAAAGGUGCGCAAACAACGAUGUUGGCUGGAACCUUAGGUUAUAUGGCCCCUGAAUGUAUAGUCGCUGGUAAAGCAACCAAGGAAUCUGAUGUUUUUAGCUUUGGAGUUGUUGCAUUGGAAAUAGCUUGUGGGCGAAAACCCAUAGAGAACAAGGAUGAAGAAAAUCAAAUACGCUUAAUAGAAUGGGUUUGGGGUCUCUAUGGAACUAGGGCUCUUUUAGAGGCAGUUGAUCCGCGUUUAGAGUCAGACUUUGAGGAAGAAGAAAUCAAGCGUGUAUUGAUCGUUGGGUUAUGGUGUGUGCACCCUGAUUCGGAACUUCGCCCAUCAAUACGACAAGCCAUUAAAGUCUUGAACUCCGAAGCUUCAAUGCCUUUACUUCCCUCAAAGAUGCCGGUGGCAUCUUAUUUGGCAUUCGAAGGACUAUCCGAGUUUUCUUCCAUUGGCCAAUACGAAUCAUCAAGUAUUAUCUCUUAGUACUAAAUCAUCUUAGCUUGGCAAACAACAUCAGCCACAAAAUGUCUU